AUGGACACCACUUCAACUUGCAGCAGAAAAGAACAAUUUCGAAAUUGCAAAACUCCUUCUUGGCACGGUGCAAACGUCAAUGCUCUCUAUAAUACAGGUGGUUCACCACUUCAUUACGCUAUAGCCUUGAAGUUGCCAGGCUUCUUGUCGAACGUGGUGGAAUUGUAA